UUCGCAUGCUUCCUGCGUUUGGCGCUCUCUCUCCUAAAAAAGUAAAGAGAGAGAAAGGAACAGACUCAGAGAUGGAUAUCGGCAUGAGCUCAACCCUUUCUCUCUCCCUUGUUCUUUUUGUGUAAUGACCAAAGCUUUUCUUCUCUUCUUCUCCGAAGAAGAUGGCUCUGCAAGAAGAACCUCAAGAGCUCCAAAACCCUCCAAUGGCGUUCGAUCCUUCAUUAUUCUGCGAAGAAGGAUUUGAGGAAGAUUUGGGAGACAAUGGUAGUGAGGAGGAGAGCGAGAACUGUGAUGGGUUUUCAAAAAAGCAAUCAUCUUUCCCUUUGAUUUUCCUGGAAAGUGAUAUGUUCUGGGAAAAUGAUGAACUUUCCUCUCUAAUCUCCAAAGAGGAACAAACCCAUGUGUGUAUCAGUGGAGAAAUCUCAGAUGGGUCUUUGAUGGCGGCUCGGAAGGAGGUGGUUGAGUGGAUUCUGAGUGUAAAGGCACACUAUGGCUUCUCCUCUUUGACCGCCAUUCUGGCUGUGAACUACUUUGAUAGGUUCAUUGCCAGCCGGCCGUUUCAGAGGGACAAGCCGUGGAUGAGUCAGCUCGCUGCCGUCGCCUGCGUCUCGUUGGCCGCCAAAGUGGAGGAGACCCAUGUGCCCUUUCUCUUAGAUUUGCAAGUGGAGGAAACAAAGUAUGUUUUCGAAGCGAAGACCAUUCAAAGAAUGGAGCUUUUGGUGCUAUCGACUCUCGGGUGGCGGAUGAAUCCAGUGACCCCAAAUUCGUACUUUGAUCACAUUAUCAGGAGGUUUGGUUUGAAGAGCCACCUGCAUUGGGAGUUUCUGUGGAGGUGUGAGCGCCUACUUCUGUCAGUCAUAGCGGAUUUGAGAUUUACAUGUUAUUUGCCUUCCGUAUUAGCCACUGCGACAAUGCUGUAUGUAAUUGAUGAGAUUGAGGCAUUUAAUCCUGUGGAAUACCAAAACCAGCUUAUGAAUGUACUUAAAGUCAGUAAGGACAGAGUAAAUGAGUGCUACAAGCUCAUCCAGGAACUAGCAGUCAGCAUCGAAAACCAAGACCACAAACGCAAGCAUUUAUCGGUACCCAGCAGCCCAAAUGGAGUUAUUGAUGCAUCUUUCAGCUGUGAUACGUCAAGUGAUUCGUGGGCUAUAGCAUCACCGGAUCCUCGAUUUAAAAGGAGCAGACUGGAGGACCAGCAGAUGAGGUUGCCCUCUUUAAAUCGUGCGUCUGUGGACGUGCUGAGCAGCUCUCGUUAGUCUCUAAUUGUCUUUUGUCUACUAUUAAACAUAAAAUCCCUCUUUUGCAUAUUAUAUUAUUGGCAGUAUCUACUUUGAGAACAUUCUCUAAUAUUAUCAUCAUUGCUUUUGUGGCCAAA